CAACAGCGAAGCCCUUCCCGAAAUUUGAGAUUGAUAAAGAGAGGGGACAAUUGAAGCGUUGUUUCUGAUUUUGCUACUGAUGUUCCGAAAGCAUUAGCAGUAGAAAAUUCUUAGACGACAAUGACGAGAGGUGGAGAUGACGCUCAGCUAAGCGCGGCCAAGCGAGCCUACAGAAACGCGGCGGCUGAGGGUAACCGAUCGGAAGAAGCGCGUUGGGCAAAUAUGAUAGGAAACCUACUGAAGAACAGGGGAGAGUAUGUGGAGGCCCUCAAGUGGCUCCGUAUUGACUACGAAAUAUCCGUCAAGCAUCUUAGCGAGACACAACUCCUUCCCACAUGUCAAUCGCUUGGCGAGGUCUAUCUCCGCCUUGAACAUUUCAAUGACGCUCUUAUUUACCAGAAAAAGCAUUUACAGCUUGCCAAGGAGGCAAAUGACCUUGUUGAGCAACAAAGAGCCUGCACACAACUUGGCAGAACUUAUCAUGAAAUGUUCCUGAGAUCUGAAAAUGACCACUGCUCUAUUCGGAAUGCCAAAAAAUAUUUCAAAUUAGCAAUAGGACAUGCUAGGUCUCUCAAGGAAAAACCAUCCUCCAAUAUGGCUUCGUUCCUCGAAGAAUAUAUUGAUGCUUACAAUAACAUUGGAAUGAUUGAAAUGGAUCUUGAUAACUUGGAAGAAGCGGUGAAAAUUCUUACGAGGGGGCUGCAAAUUUGUGAUGAAGAGGAAGUGCCUAAAGAUAAGGAUGGUCGCAGUAGGCUCCAUCAUAACCUUGGAAAGGCCUACAUGGAGCUCAGGAAAUGGGAAAAAUCUCGUGAGCACAUUGAAAAGGAUAUUUUAAUUUGUAAGCGGAUUGGGCAUGUCCAAGGGGAGGCAAAAGGGUACAUCAAUCUUGGAGAAUUAUACUACAGGGUGCAGAAGUGCGAGGAAGCAAUUUGUUGCUAUGAAAAGGCACUUAAACUGUCUAAACAAUUGGAGGAUGAGGAUGCAUUGGCUAAUCAAAUUUGUCAGAAUAUUGAAACAGUAAAAGAAGCAAUGAAGGUAGCAGAGGAUUUAUUAAGCGAAGAACAAAAUCUAAAGAAGCUAUCAAGACAAUUGACCGUUGCUAGAGGUACAUCAAGUGAAAGGAAAUGCCUCCUACAGCAAAAUGCUUCUAUUGAUCGCCUUAUUGAGAAAUCUAGCAUGAUUUUUGCUUGGGUUAAGCAUCUAGAGUCUGCUAAAAAGAAGAAGUUAGUAGCCAAUGAGUUGUGUGACAAGGAAAAGUUGAGUGAUUCGUUUUUGUUCAUUGGAGAAUCAUACCAGAAACUCAGAAACUUUAGCAAAGCAAUCAAAUGGUACAAAAAGAGCUGGGAGGUUUACAAGUCAAUUGGCAGUUUGGAGGGGCAAGCAUUAGCAAAGAUUAACAUUGGAACUGUUUUGGACUCUGAUGGUAAUUUGUCAGGAGCUUUGGAUGCAUUUGAAGAGGGAUACAGAAUAGCAGUGAAAGCAAAUCUUCCUUCAGUUCAGCUAUCAGCCUUGGAGAACAUGCACUAUUGCCACAUGAUAAGAUUCGACAAUGUCGACGAGGCUAGGAAGUUGCAACAGGAAAUUGAUAAAUUGAAGCAGUCAAAUAUUAGAAAUCUAGAAGCACAUGACGCAAUGGGGGAAACUUGUUCUGAAACUGAAACUGAAACUGAGGAGCAGGACCAGUUACUUCAUCAGUUUGAUUUCAGCUCUUCCUCAGCUGUAAAUGAAUCUAAUUCUCCCGAAUCAAGAUUACAUCCUAGAGUGGAUGCUCUAAACGAUGAUGAAACCUUGAUUUCACUCUUGCAUACUAGUAAGAAGUCUUCUCAAUCAAAAAUGAAGAAAUUCCGCAGUGCUAAAAGCACAAUUGAAUUAUCACCCAGAAGCACAUCCAAAUCUACUCACAGUGACCAAAACAUUGGUGGUCGUAAACGUUUUCGAGUAAUCUUUUCUGAUGAUGAUGAAUCCAAUGAUGAAAGAGAGUGCUUCAAGGAAAAGAACCAUGAAACUCCAGCAGAGGAUAUAGCUACUUCUGAUGAAUACAACAGCAGGAGUAAUUUGACUCCUGUUAGUGAUUUACAGAAUCCUAAAGGUGCAUCUACUAAACAUGCUCCUCCUAUCAUGGAAGAAAGCAUUUGUUCAUUCAAUUCUAGUAAACCACAAGUAGUCUUGCUCAAUGUUGGGACAAAUGAAGUUGGCAAUAGUUACAAUUCUGUUGCAAAUGGUUCAAAGUGUGCCCGUAACAUCUCAGGAUAUACAAAUGAUCAGAAUACUAAUACUGCUUUGGACAUGCACACAUGCAUUGAUGAAAAUUGUCAAUGCCUUCUUUUCAAGGUUGGUGAAGACUUUGUACAUAUGCCACUUGACUCGUGUAUAGCAGGUGACAAGUUAAGCAUAGACCAUGUCAAAGUUGAAGUUGCGUGCUUAUACUUUUUGAAACUUCCUGUUGAAAAGAGAUCAAAAGGACUAUUGCCGAUUAUUCAACACUUGACAUAUGGUGGAAAAGUCCUCAAUUCGCUGGAAGCAAUUGAAUCAGUAAAGGAUCAUUUAUCAGGAAAAGCCUGGAUUGAAGUUUCAAUAGAAGGAUGGGUACAAAAGCGAUUGAUGCAACUCUAUGUUGACUCUUGCAUGGAAUCAUCUGAACCACCUAACAUCAGAUUGCUCUCGAAGUUGUACAAUUUAGAGGUCUCAGAGGAUGAGAUUAUAGUGUCUGAUUGUGAAUUGCAAGAUGUGUCAAUAAGUCCACUACUGAAUGCACUGCAAGCUCACAGACCAAUUGCUGUAUUAAAUCUUUCGCACAACUUGCUAGGAAAUGUAACCAUGGAGAAACUUCAGCAAGUAUUUUCGUCCAGUCAAGGAUAUGGAGGUUUGGUGUUGGAUUUUCAUUGCAAUCGCUUAGGACCAACUGCUUUGUUUCAGAUCUGUGAAUGCCCAGUGUUAUUUUCUCGAUUGGAAGUGCUGAACAUCUCUGGUAACCGUUUGACUGAUGCCUGUGGAUCAUAUCUUUCAACCAUAUUGGAAAAAUGCAAAGCCCUGUAUAGCUUAAACAUCGAUCGAUGUUCUCUAACUUCCAGAGCAAUUCAGAAGAUUGCUGAUUCGCUGGGUCCGGAGUCUGUUCUUGCGCAACUUUCUUUAGGAUACAAUGGUCCAAUCUCUGCAAAUAGCCUAGCAAAUCUGUUGGCUAAGCUCACCACUUUAAGCAGAAUUUCAGAGCUAAAUUUGAAUGGUUUGAAGUUAAGCAAGCUUGUAGUUGACAAAAUUUGCCAACUCACAAAAUUAUCACGAUUGUCGGCAUUGAUGCUUGGUGGUACUGGUAUAGGAACUGAUGGAGCUAUACAUUUACUUGAGUCACUGUCCACGGGAACUCAAGAACCUCUGAAGCCUGAUCAAUCAUAUUGUGCACCAAGUUCUCAUUCACUGGGAAAUGAUAUUUCCUUAGCCGGAAGCUGCCUUCUUGAGCUCAACCUUGGAGGAAACGCGAUCAUGCAAGAGGGUGGAGUCGCAUUAGCAUCUUUUCUGAACAACCCAGAAUGCAGUUUAAGAGUUUUGGUGCUUAAUAAGUGUCGCCUUGGGCUUAACGGUAUGCUUGCGAUUCUUAAAGCACUUGUAGCGAACGACUCCUUAGAGGAGCUUAAUCUGGCUGAAAACAUCGACGUGAAUGAACAUCAAACUCUUGAAAGAGUGGACAACACCACUCCACAAGGAUUGUGCGGGGUUAACAUGGAAUGCAGCCAGCUUGAAGUUGCUGACAGCGAAGAAGAUGAAAAGUUUAGCGAAAGCUGCAUUGAAAAGGCGGAUGCUGCUGCCAUUGAUGGGCCGAUAAUGGAGCUUGCAGCUGCUAUUGGCAUGGCAAAGCAGUUGCAAAUGCUGGAUCUUAGCAGCAAUGGGUUCACUAAAGAGACAGCUGAAGAACUGUACGUUGCAUGGUCUGUUGGGUCUAAAGCUGGUGUAGCUGAGAAACAUAUUGAAGAACCAGACCUACUCCACUUGUUGGUUAAUGGUCAUCCAUGUUGUAAAGUGAGGCUAUGUUGUCAGAGAAACUGAAUCAUGCCCAAAUCUUUGAUAUUCUGCAUUAUUAUCAGACAAAUGUUUCUUCAUGGCAAUAGAGAGAUCUGAAAAGCUAGUCCAUAGAUAGGUACACUAAUCAAUUUGUCAAUA